AUGGCCGACCGACAGCACGGUCUGUCGCGCACUCUGCCGAAGGACUUUACCUACCCUUCCGCUGAACCUAGAACUCCCGAGCGCGCUUCGAUCCAGCUGGAUGCGCCGCCUCCGCCCCCCAGACAUUCUGGCUCGCGUCUCCGCCCUUCCCGCGUCCGGUCAGGGACCGACCUCUUCGCUCAGGUCAGCCAUGACUUCCCUUUCAGCUCCGUCGCUCCGGAUAAGCCAUUACCUUCUAUCGAGUUUCCUCCAGCUCGUGAUGCCCCUUCGCUUGGAUAUGAGACAGGGGUGCCGCCCGAUGGCCAUCUUCUCGCACCGCCGCGUGCUCGGGUAGCCCUAAAAACCCCGCCGGCCCAGAUCCGCCCAGACCCAAUUGAAGCGGAGUCGUCUAGGUCGUGGUCCACUUGGAAUCCCCAGGCUUCUGGAGAUGAGAUUCGGCGUCCCAGCUCAGCCUGCUCAAAUGCCUCCGAUUCCUCUGUUUCCUCAAUCGAAACAUUUAGCUCCCGACAGUCGGUUGGCGGAAGCUGCACGAGCGCCGAAAGUGAUCACUAUGAUCCUUUCUUCCAUAUUGAACUUACUCCGAAGCAUACGGCGGAUACCUCACCGCUACCCGCAAAUCCCCAAAAGAAACAUUGUAAACAGACAAAAACUAAAGAACGAUGGACGCUGGAUAUGGAUAAUCAUUUGUGGAACACCUAUCAACUAUAUAUCCAAGAUCCCACGAUCACCCCUUUCAAAAUGACCCCCGGCAGUAUCCCGCCGCUUGGUGUCACCCAUAGAGUGGCACGGCAAGCGAAACGAACUUGGGAAAGAAAAUCGACCCGGCUCGACAAGCAGUUCACCUCCGCCGAAACUUCCCCUCGGAGCGGCGAAACAACUCCAACUGCAAGAGACCACGCGCCAAAGCCAUCAUGGCUCAAGUCCGAAGCCUCAACCCGGCGAAGGUUAAAAUAUUUGAGUAAGAGGAAGUUCUCUAUAGCUCCUCACUACCAGAGGAUGAUGCAGUCUAGAAGCCCAGAACCGUUCCCGGAUCUGUUUUCGCGACCCUCAGACGCACCGCCUGCGGUCAGUGUCCCUGUCAACACCUCAGCUGCCUACGCGACUCGUGAUUUGGGCGUUUCGCUCGUAUCAAGCUCUGUCCCCGGUCCAUUGGCUCAACUAGCCGCCCAAGAUCCGUUUGCGCCAUCAAGUACUGCUGAUUUCCCUCGACCGCAAAUCCCCGGUACCCCUCGCAGCGAGUUGGGCACUUCACUGCCAGCCAAAUCUUCCAGUUUUGACGGGAGCGAGGUGCCUAGGCUCGGAUCGCCAUUCUCUUACCAUACCUGGGGCCCAAACAACGUCAGGAAGAGAAACCAGCGCCAUGCUCCCAGAGCACGGCGCGAAACUAUACAUGUUACAGGCUCGCGUUUGCGAUCUCCUCCCCGCAUGGACCCCUUUCCCAACUUGGCCGAUAGCACCAGUUCGAGUUCCAAUGUGCCUACUGAACCCGCAACGGAGGAAGAGGAGACUCGGCGCAAUCUGGAAGAGCUUUUCCGUCAAGGGAAACUGAACGAUCUAGGCCACCGUCGUGUACGGAUACGAGCCCGUGGAGCUACCACGAGCUCAGCAGUCACACCAAAGGUUCUCGACCAGCUAUUCUCUCCGCCCUCGUCUUCGUCUCGUCAUGAGGAGGCCUCUGCGGCGGAGAAACCUAUGCUCAACCCGAUUAUGAGUCUAAGCGGGGAGCAAAUCAAGCGACUGGGAUCCCCCUUCAAAAUGGAGGGAUACCGGCGCACCGCACCGCCAGGCAGAAUUUCAAGACAUGCGCCGUCCCUUUCCGAUCCGUUUGCUAGCGGUGCACUUCCUCGGUUCCGGUCAUUGCACCAACAUGCGCAGCAUGCGCCCUCUCGAAGUCAAGCUCCCGCGAGCGGGCCCCCAUAUGAUCCGACGGAGGCAGGCAUCUCGGACGCCGAGCGCAUCCGAAGACAGAUCCUGAACAUGUCUUAUUUAAGGCAAUAA